CUUACGAGUGUGAGUGAGAGUAAUUGUGAUUCUGUGAGUGCGUGUAUGUGUGUGCGUGCUCUCGCGCCCUGGAGAUGUUGCUCUGUUUGCUUACUCUGCAGGAGCACAAGUCCCGCCGUCCUUUACUCAGCGCUGUUUGCCCCGCAGAGCUCUUGCCGGCUCCAGCACUGUGGGUUCCUCCUCUGACACCCCAACACUUUGGCACCCGAGUAGAGACAGACAGAAAGCGAGAGAUACGCACACAGAAAGGAGAACCUGGUCUAAGGUUUAAAGCCAAGCCAGAUGCGAAAGGUAAGGUGUGUGUGUGUGAGCUCGUGCGUCUCCCUGAUGGCAGCCGUGGGUCUCAAGUUACUCAGGAGGCAUAAGAUUACUGAAAGAGAGCGAGCUUAAACAGAACACAAGGGUGUGCAGAAAUCUGAUUGCAAUGCAGGCUGAGAAGAGGAGCAAGGCUAGAGAGGGACAGAGGCAAAAAGAGGAGCCCCACUCAUCCUGGAUCAGAGUGCUCACAGAAGGACCGUCCUACCCCAGAGGUUCUUCCUGAUCAGGUGACACUAUCUUGGGAUUCGGCUCUCUGCUGCAGAACCAGCCUGAAUCUUCCCUGAUCUCUUCGCACUUUGAGGUGCACAGUGGGCUGGCUGGCCUGUGCUUUUGGCUGCUUGUCUGUCAUUUCAUCCUGGGUUAGGAGCCUGAGCUCAGCCCCAGGGAGGGGAGGGAGGCCAUGGAGGUUCCUCUAGUCAACUUUGAGAACCUAGACGACAUCGGAAUCAACCUGGGAGACCCGAGCGACUCGGGAUAUCCGACCUCACCCACCUCAGAUGCCCCGGAACCAAAACAGGGGACCUGUGGCAUAAAUUCACCCACACACUCACCUCAGAGAGGAAGACGUCCAAGGCACACACCAGCCUCUCCACCAACACUCAGCAAGAAAGGAACUUCAAGCUGCAACAGUCUGAUCUCCAACUGGAAGGUUCUGAUGAGCAGCGAGGGAAGUCCCAAUGAGGCUCUCCUAGGAAAAGUAGCCAAGGAUUGUAGCGAGGACUACUUUGCAGAAAAGGAGAAACUCGAAGAGGGCGAACAAAAAGUGGUUAUCAAUGUCUCAGGGAUGAUGUACGAGACAACACUCAAAACUUUGAAUCAGUUCCCAGAUACCUUGCUGGGAGACCCCAUGAGAAGGAUUGACUACUUUGACCCCAUGAGGAACGAAUAUUUCUUUGAUCGCAACCGCCCGAGCUUCGAUGGAAUCUUGUAUUUUUAUCAGUCCGGAGGUAAGAUUCGGAGGCCAGCAAACGUGCCAUUGGAUGUGUUUGCGGAUGAGAUAGUGUUUUAUCGACUGGGGCAUGAGGUCAUGGAACAGUUCAGGGAAGAUGAAGGUUUCAUCAAAGACCCUGAGCCUCAACUCCCAACCAGUGAGAUUCACCGUCAAUUUUGGCUGCUCUUUGAGUACCCAGAGAGCUCCAGCGCUGCCAGGUCAGUGGCCUUAGUGUCUGUUUUUGUCAUCACUAUAUCUAUUUGUAUCUUCUGCCUGGAGACGCUCCCAGAGUUCCGCGAUGAACGUGAAUUUUUACCUGCGUUUGUCAACUUAACCCGUGACGCCAAUGGCACGCUCCUGUCCCCUACUCCUCAUCCUAAGGCCUUGGCCUCUGUCUUUACUGACCCCUUCUUUGUGGUGGAGACUAUCUGUAUCAUUUGGUUCUGUUUUGAGCUUGGGGUACGCUUCGUGGUGUGCCCCAGCAAAAGUGAUUUUUUCAGCAAUAUCAUGAACGUCAUUGACAUUGUGUCCAUUAUGCCCUACUUCAUUACCGUCAUAACGGAACUGAUGGCCACCCAUGGAGAAGACCCCACCGCCGGCCAGAACAUGUCUCUGGCCACGCUACGGGUCAUCCGAUUAGUGCGUGUCUUCAGGAUCUUCAAGCUGUCCCGCCAUUCCAAGGGCCUCCAGAUUCUAGGCCAAACCCUGAAGGCCAGCAUGAGGGAGCUGGGCUUGCUUAUUUUCUUUCUCUUCAUUGGCGUCAUCCUCUUCUCCAGUGCCAUUUUCUUUGCUGAGGUUGAUGAACCUGAUACUCAGUUUGUGAGCAUCCCAGAAGGAUUCUGGUGGGCUGUGGUCACCAUGACGACGGUCGGCUACGGUGACAUGUGCCCUAUCACAUUGGGGGGGAAAAUGGUUGGGAUCCUCUGUGCCAUUGCUGGUGUGCUGACCAUUGCACUUCCCGUUCCCGUCAUCGUCUCCAACUUCAACUAUUUCUACCAUCGUGAAACGGAGCAGGCGGACAAAAUCAUGAUUGACGCUGCUGCUGAGGCUGCUGCAAAUCAAAAAAGCAGCGCUGAGGAGAAGUAUGAAAGCAAUUACUCGCUGGACAAGAGCAAUGGGAAUUGGCAGACAGGAAAAAAUGGCAUUCCAUAAGGAUUGGUAUAUUUCACAUGACUAGCAAUAAUGACUGUACAACAAUGCACUUAGAAACUCUCAGUUUUAUGGUUUCACAACUGCUUAAGAGUUCUACAUAUAUACCUAAUGCUAUGCAUAUACCAACAGUACCUUUGCAGAAUGUGCUGUUUCAAUGGGAGAACUCGAACAGGAUGCUGUUUUAGCCAAAGGCUACUAAAAACACAAAUGGAUGACUAUAAAACCUCAGAAGCACUAUCUACAAAAAGGAAGCAAAAAAUAUUGUAAGGAACAUCCCUUUAAGGCUUUACUGUAAUACAAACUGAAAUGCACUGAACUGAAAAAGGAAUAUGAAUCACAGAAGACAAAAAAAAAAUACUCGUCAUCAUUUACGAGGCAAACGGCUGCGUUUGACUGAGGUCAAAACAAGCAUUUAAUUAAUCGCGAUUAAGUGCCUGUGUUGCCGAGUCCCUCAAAUUAAUGCCGAGGAAUCAUGAAUCUGCACUCUGAGCAUCCACCCAGCACCACCUUUUGCUGAUGUUGUCGUUCCUUUAGAGUUUUGCACUGACAUCACCUUUCGUAACUGCUGCUUGUGAGAGAAAAAGCUUAUGCCAAACUGUUAUCCAUCUCUCAAUGUCACCGAAUGUCUCCUCUUAACACCCCUGGUAGUUGUCAUUCAUAAUCAGGUCUGUUUUGAAUUUAAAUACAGUAUCUUACGCAUGCAAGUAUGUUAUAUUUGGAUGACCCACCGUGCUGUGGCAGCAUCUGCUUGCUGCUCGUCCCACAUUUCCUCUGGUGUUUCUAUUUUUGUCAGUAUACACACAGAACGAGACACUAACUCUAUCUUUAGGGUGAGAUUUUUUUUUUUUUUUUUUUUUUUUAAAUCUUUCUAUGCUGACUUAAAGUUUUUGUACAUACCUUUUCUUGGCAAUUUCAUAUCAUAUCUUGUCUCUUGUUUGACCGAAUCUAUAUGAAAGCAUUGAUGAUAGCAGUAGGGUACACAGCACUUAUUCCUUUAACUAAAGGCUUUAUUGACCUACUAUCAGCCUUACUUGUUAUGCACAUCGAUAUGUAUGGCUGGAAAACGCACAAGAAUUUAAGCAUGAAUUUAUAUGGGUUAGACACUAAAACGAUACUUGAUGGUCAAACGGAGUACACAUAAAGAAGCUUUAAUUUAGGUUGGUUCUGCUGUUGGAGGCAACAAGUGUUAUUUAAGAACAGAUUUCAAUUGUAUCACACUAAUUUAAGGUGAGUUGACAAGUCAUUAAGGCAGGGAGCAUGAUCGCACAGUGCAUGUACUGUAUAGUGAAACCAAUGAGCGAUUAGCCACUACUAAAAGAUGGAAAAGAUUGCAGUGAAUAUAUCAUCCAGCCUAAAGACUUACUUGUAAAUGUUUGCAACAUCAGGACUUACACAAUGUAACAAAUUUAUAUUAUGAACAGAACAGGAAGAAUCAUUAUCUUACAAGCAUAUUAGUAACAUUCAUAGCUACAUGAAAACAAUUACACAAAGUUUUUGUCAUGCUAAUAAGCAUAUGUCUGUCUUUGCCCAUGAUUGCAAUAGAUUUUUACUUAUGAGAUAUUAUUGUCUUUCAUAAGAGUACAAUUUCUGUCUUUGGAGUAAGAGUUAGAUCUGUUACGCUCAUCACAACAACUCUUUUAAUUUUUUUAGUGAUUACACUAUGCCUAUAGAAAUCUGUGCUCCAUAACUUGAUGUUUCUUUAUUGCAGGAAUUCGCUUUUAUGAGGAUAUAUUUCCUGCUUUAUUCGCAUAAAACAUAUUGCACAUUUGCAUGUUUUUGUAAAAAGCAAAGUUGAAAAAUACAGAGAACAAAUGUUUGUUUCCAAAGCAAAUUUUUGAUUGUAGCAUUUCAGCACUGACUAAAGCAAAGCAAUACAGCACUUUUCAGGGAAGCUUGAAAAUUAAACUUAUGCCAGCAGUUAACAAUGCAUUUUUCAGAUACUUAUAAUUGCAAUAUAGAACUUAAAAUGCUUAAAAUGCAAUAUAGAACUUAAAAAACUUUUUAUCAUGCUGUUGUAAAAAAGAUGCAUGAAAACACUGAGAUUCAUGAAUUUGAUAAAAUGAUCAUGCUUUGAAUAGAGGUAUUGAAAUAUGACAUUUAAAUCAACCCUCCAUUGUGUCAAUGGAAAAAAACGUAAGUAUAUUCCCUUAAGCAUGCAUUUUAUGUCACAGUAUGGCAAAAUAUCAAUAGUAAUAUUGAAAGUCAUUGUUCGAUAAAUCCUGAGAGUUCUAUUUAGAUUUUAUACAAUUAUCCCACCGACGAAGGUGAUAAUGCCAGUGUUAUGCGGUCAUUAUGGCAUUUAGCAUCUCAUGAAUGUAUGUAUGCUAUGGCUGUAUGAUAUAUUUUGAUUGUUUAAGCACUAUAUUUUAUUCAUGAUAUUCUGAGUGCCUUUUAUUAAAUAUAUAUUAAAUGUAAUGGCUCCAUCUUUGUGUGAUUUAACAGGGACUCAUUGUGUGAUCCUCAUUGUAUGAUUAUGUGUCGACACAACACAAAAUCAAAUAUGUUUAUCAUACAAAACUACACAAAAAGUAAUCAAACAUUAAAGACAGAAAAAUUGGUGCCCUCAGCUACACAUGCACUGCUUUUUUUUUUAAACAAAAAUCUGGAUUACAGUCGGCACACUGAAUAAAGAUUUGUACUAAAAAGCUGAAAACAUUCUCCUGUUUUCAAUGCAUAGCACUUUUUUCACUUUUGAAGUGUAAAAAAAAAAAAAAAAAACACUUAUGGGAUAUAUAUAAA